AUGGCACGGCUGAGGUUUCAGUCUUUUCCCCAACCCCAAAGGCGGCUCCGGUUCUGCGCUGGGGCCGUGAAUCCCAGCAGAAGCGACGAAAUGAUUUACAGGCACGUGGCCGUCAUCGACGGGGAGAUGGUGCAUUUCGAGAUCCUCGACACGGCCGGACAGACUCCCUGCCGAUCGAAGAUCGAGGAGAAGAUCAAGUGGGGCGACGGCUUCGCCGUGGUCUACUCGGUGACGGACCGCUGCAGCUUCGACGAGGUCAUGCGCCUCUGCUUCCUCGUCAACCACCUCCACGGCAGCCCCAAGCGCGCCGCCGACCAGCCGCCCGUCGUCAUCGUGGCCAACAAGAAGGACUUGCAGUACGACCGCAUGGUGUCCACCGAGGACGGCGAGAACCUCGCCAAGGCCUUGAAGCUCCCUUUCUACGAGAUCUCCACCCGCGACAGCUACGAGGAGACGGUGGCCGUGUUCAACGCCCUCUACCAGGAGCUCCUGAGACAGGGGCAUUUCUCCCCGGGCUCCUUCAAGAGGAGGACGGCGUCCAAGCUCAUGGAGAAGAUCCCCAAGAUGCAGGCGAGCUCCACCUUG